AAACUCUCGCGACCUCACCCCCACCCCUCUGUCGACCUCCUCUCCCCCACGAUCUCCUCCCCGCCGCCACCACCCACGCCCGCCAGUUCCUCGCCGGCCACGCUCCUUCGCCGGGCGCUCCAGCUCCGCCGCGCCCUCCCCUCUCCAGCUUCCUCGCGCGCGAUCCUCCCCACGGCCUCCAGCCGCCUCCUCUCCGUUACCGCCUCCACCCAGCAGAACACCGCCGACACCGCCAUCGACUUCUCCAAUGACGAGAGCCGCCACCGCCUCGUCAACAGUCUGAUGUACAGGAGCAAGCAGAGGGGCUUCCUGGAGCAGGACCUGGUGCUCGGGACCUGGGUGGAGCAGCACGUCCGCUCCAUGGACGAGGCCACCAUCCGCUCCCUGCUCCAGAUCCUCGACCUCAAGAGGCUGCUGAAGGGCACACUAAAGAACAGGGGACUGCUCCAGAACAAGAAGCAUGUGCAAGUCUGGUGUAGACAAACAAGACAUCUGGACGAGAAGAAAAAGAAGUGCAAGGCUGGUAAGGUCGAGACUCAUCUUGAAUUCCCUGGACGUGAAAAGGUUAAAUUUGGUGAAGUUGUGGAAGCUCCAACAAAGUUAUCAUUCCCAAAGAGGUGAUCAACGCUGACAAGUGCGGCCCGGUGGCGCUGUGCUCUUCAACCACUCAGAGGCGGACUUCGCGUGAAGCUCGGUGGCCACGUCGCACAGAUGAUCGUCAGGUGAUUUCGACGCCUGAGGUCGCUGAUGUGGAGGACCUCCGCCGUCCGCGAGAGGGAGGAUUUGUGUCCACUGGCAUAUGAACUCCUAGCCUUGUAGAUACAUCUAGAGAGGUGGUCUGUUUAGGUUGGUGGUAGACCACUAGGGAAGGUACCCACCUUACGAUGAUGGUUGUGUGUGUCUGAUUUUAAAUGCAAUCUUGAGAUGUGUAAGUGCAUCUAGUGCCCCUUAGUGAUUUUGGUGUAUUGAAGACUUAUAGGUUAAGGGACUGAUGCGUUUGUGAGUGUACACAGGUCUAUAAGUCUAUGAGGAGUUUGAUAUUUAC